CCAAGAAACAAAUGAUGAAUAUCCAUCCAACUCAGUCCUAAGCACACCUACCCUAUUCUUCUCUCUCACUCACUCACACCCAAAACAAAAGAAAAAUUCAUAGCUAUGAGUGGUGCUGAAGCGCGACCUUGUGACUACUGUGGCAACUCCACAGCACUUCUCUAUUGCAGAGCCGAUUCAGCAAAACUCUGUUUCUCGUGCGAUCGCGAAGUUCACUCCACCAACCAGCUCUUCUCCAAGCACACGCGCACGCUGCUCUGCGACGCAUGCGAUGAUUCCCCUGCGACCAUACUCUGUUCAACCGACACCUCUGUUCUGUGCCAGAACUGCGACUGGGAGAACCACAACCCUGCGCUCUCCGAUUCCCUUCACGAGCGAAGGCCCCUCGAAGGCUUCACUGGGUGCCCUUCCGUCUCCGAACUCUUGUCCAUCGUGGGGUUUUCGGAUAUCAGCAAAAAAUCUCUGCUUUUUUCGCCUCAGGGAAGUGUCGCUGAUGGGUUCUUCGGCGCCAGCGAGAUUGAAGGGCUUUCGGAUAUGUUCGUGUGGGAUGCGCCUUCUUUUGUUACGCUUGAUGAUUUGAUUUCUUCCUCUCCUUCUUCUCAUAGCUUUCAGGCCAUGAAGGUUCCUCCUCUGCCCAAGAAUCGAAAGGCUGCUUGUGGGCAACACAAAGAAGAGAUUCUUAGUCAGCUUCGGGAAUUGGCCAAGUCUGAGCCUUUGGACCUUGAACCAUAUGUGCAAUCGGGUAACUUGUCCUUGGGUUUUGAACGUGACCCGGAGGCUGAUAUCUUUCCUUCUCAUGAGUGGCAUAGAGAAAGCAGCGAGCCUAUGCAUCAAGUUGUGCCUCCUGACCCAUCAAUGGGAACUUAUACUGAAGAAAUUCCAGUUAAACAUUCUACUUCUGCUGUUGGGGAAAAUCACACCUAUGGUGACAAUGAAGGGAAACCAUCCAUUUCUCUCAAGUCUGAAACCCUAUCAACUACUCCCAAAGCUGCAGCAUGUGAGUUAACAAGCCAAGAAAGAGAUUCUGCAUUAUUACGGUACAAGCAGAAGAAGAAAACAAGGAGAUUUGACAAGCACAUAAGGUAUGAAUCACGAAAAGUUCGGGCUGAAAGCAGGGUAAGAGUCAAGGGCCGAUUUGCCAAGAUGGGACAUGAACAUUGAAAUCAUGGUAGGCUGCUAUGACAUCAUAACUACAAUUCCCAAGCUCAAAUCACAUACAUUAUGUAACGCAUCCCUUGUAUAGUGAAGUUGAAAAAAUUUUCCAAGUGAUGUAUUCUUGGAUUCAGAGCUAGGAUAUUAUGCAGACAUAUUUUUGCAAUACAGUUGACAGUAGUGUUUUUAUCAUCCUUUUUGCUUCAUAAUUGACUGCACCUGAGGUAGACAAAUAUGUGCAGACUUCUGUAAAUCAGAAGCAAAUUUACUGGGGUCUAGGAUCAUGUUUGGAGAGUAUCUUGUGAACAGACUUAGAAUUUGUUUUUCUUGAUUAUCAAAUAAAUAAAUUAAAAAAAAAAAAAAAAACUCAACUUGAGAUA